UGGAUAUAUAUAUAUAUAUAUAUGUAUAUAUAUAUAUAGUGAGAGAGAGAGAGAGAAAUACAUAUAUAUGGCCCAAUUAAGUAUAUAUACUGCAUGUAUAUUUAUAUUUAUUUCUGUUUAAUAUGUAUUUAGUAGCCUUGAAGCCCAGCAAACCCAGGGCACAGGGAAUGAUGUCCAGAUCCAGUUGCCAGCGCUGGGCUCACAGGAAAACCCACCUGGAAAGCACAAAGAAAAAAAUACCUACUCAAUUAAAUGAAGCUCUGUUCAGCCAUCAGAUUUUUGUUUAAGUCACUCUUUAUCCCCUCGGGAAUAAAGAGCUGAUUAUAAAAAGCAGGAGGGAGGACAAACCCUACAGAUUAAAAUAAAGCUUAAGGUAUUGGAAAGCCAAGCUGCUCUGGGGCACGUUGGCUCCUCCAGCUCUAUAAAGGGGCUCUGCUUUUGGGGGACUCACCUGCCCCAGGUGCUGCUGCUCCAUGGACAGCACCCAGGAGCCCCCAAACAGCAGCACCCCGGGGCCUUUUGAUGGCCCUCAGUGGCCCCACCAGGCCCCCCGGGCCACCUACCUGGUGGUGGCUGUGCUGAUGGGGCUGGUGGUGGCCUCGGCCUCGCUGCUCAACGGGUUGGUCAUCGUGGUGUCCGUCAGGCACAAGCGGCUGCGCUCGCCCCUCAACUACAUCCUGCUGAACCUGGCCGUGGCCAACCUGCUGGUGACGCUCUGCGGCAGCUCCGUCAGCCUCUCCAACAACAUCAGCGGCUUCUUCGUGUUUGGGGAGCGGCUCUGCCAGCUGGAGGGCUUCAUGGUGUCCCUGACAGGCAUCGUGGGGCUGUGGUCCCUGGCCAUCCUGGCCUUGGAGAGGUACCUGGUGGUCUGCAGACCCCUGGGAGACUUUCGGUUCCAGCAGCAGCACGCUGCCAGUGGCUGUGCCUUCACCUGGGGCUGGUCCCUGCUCUGGACAACCCCACCACUCCUGGGCUGGAGCAGCUACGUGCCUGAAGGCCUGAGAACCUCCUGCGGGCCCAACUGGUACACAGGUGGCAGCAACAACAGCAGCUACAUCCUGGCCUUGUUUGUCACCUGCUUUGUGAUGCCCCUCAGCCUGAUCCUCUUCUCCUACACCAACCUGCUGCUGACCCUGCGGGCGGCCGCGGCGCGGCAGCAGGAGUCGGACACGACGCAGCAGGCGGAGCGGGAGGUGACGCGCAUGGUGGUGGCCAUGGUGGUGGCCUUCCUCACCUGCUGGCUGCCCUACGCCACCUUUGCACUGGUGGUGGCCACCCACAAGGACAUUGUCAUCCAGCCAGCCCUGGCAUCCCUGCCCUCCUACUUCUCCAAGACAGCCACGGUUUACAACCCCAUCAUCUAUGUCUUCAUGAACAAACAGUUCCAGAGCUGCCUGCUGGGAAUGCUGUGCUGUGGUCACCACCCUCGGGGGAUGGGGAAAACCUCUCCAGCUGCCCCCAGUCCCCAGGUCGCUGCAGAGGGGCUGAGGAACAAGGUGACACCAUCUCACCCCGUGUGACAGCUGCCAGCUCCAGGAUCUGCCUGUGCCACCCACAGCAGCACAGAGGGGCUCGGGGUGGAGCUGAUGGGGGCCUCUGAGGUUGGAGAGAUCCCCAACAACAACAAAAAAGACAUGACAGUGUCUUCUUGCAGGUGAGGAGCCAUUCCAUCAUGGGAGAAACUGCAGAUUUCCCUCUCCUAAGGAACACCCUCCCUCCCAGCCCCUCACCUUGGAGCCUUUCAAGAACACCAAAUAAAAAAUGAACAGUAAUUUUUCCUCAGUGCCCAACAUCCCAGGUGGCUGUUUGGCCCAGAGUCAGGUGGAACACGAUCUGUCACCAUCCCCUGACAGACCAAGCCCUGUCUGCAUCGCCUGGUCCUGCUGGGAAGUUCAGGGAGAUGCUGUAAAUCUGGCAUAAAUCCAGCAGCAAUGUUUAGGAGCCAACUGUGUUAAUAAACACUGAUAAA